ACAAACCAAGAUGGCGGCGGAGUGGACAGCCGGCUCCGCACAGUGACUGACAGACAGACCAGAAACCUUGCGCGGUUGGACAGCUAACGGUUAAUCUCUGAGACCAAAGCAUAACAUUAAAACAACAUCCUUACAGGUCAAGUCACCGUUUUUUGGUACCGACGUUGCUAAAAUGAAACAGCACCGGUAGACGACACCGGGGGAAGUUGUGUGUGUGUGAGGACUAAUUUGAGGUCUACAAGAAGCGGGGCAGCCGGAGGGGAUGGGAGAUGAUGGAGGACAAAGGCCCUCGUGUAGCAGACUACUUUGUGGUGGCUGGUCUGACGGACCCGUCCAAGCCGUUGGACCAGGAGAUCCACUUUGAUGACGUCUGCCACAAGACGGCCAAGCCUAAGGCGCCCAUCACUGAUGUGGCCGUGGUGAUCCGGUCGAUGGGCGAGGAGGUGCCGCCAGGGUUCACUUGCGUAGAGGAAACGUCAACAGGCCAUUCAGCUGAUCUGAACAAUGGCGGCCUCAUGGUGCCCCAGAUCUUCCUGUGCUACAGGCGAGGUUGCGACAAGCCGCCACUCACUGACCUGGGCGUGCUGUAUGAGUGGAAGGAGCGGCUUAAGCAGGGCUGCCACCUCAUCCAGACCACACCCGCUGGUCGUCCGGCCAACAUCAGCGGCAACUCCUCCCAGCGUAUCUACGUCACCUACCGCCGGGCUCCCGAGAGCCAGCCGCACACCGCCCUGGCCGUCACCGACAUCUGCAUCAUCAUCCCGAGCAAGGGAGAGGCGCCCCCGCACACUUUCUGCAAGGUGGAGAAGAAUCUGAACAGCAGCAUGUGGGGCUCCUCUGUCUACCUGUGCUAUAAGAAGUCUGUGGCCAAAACCAACACAAUAGCCUACAAAGCAGGUUUAUUCAGCAGAUAUCCAGAGGAGGACUAUGAGUCAUUCCCUCUGCCAGAGUCUGUCCCUCUCUUCUGCCUUCCCAUGGGGGCCACAAUAGAGUGCUGGCCAGCCAAAACCAAAUACUCCCUCCCUGUUUUUUCCACCUUUGUCCUCACUGGAGCCUCCGGAGAGAAGGUGUACGGUGCUGCCAUUCAGUUCUACGAGCCCUUCCCGCAGGAAUGUCUGACUGAUCAGCAGCGCUCCCAGCUGGGUCUCCUGAGUCCGGAUCCACGAAACCCUCCCUCAUCCAACUGUACAGGGACAGCCAGCAGCAGCACCACUAACAGCACCACCACAACCCCACGCUUGGUCUACACCAACAAGUGUAUCUGUCUGCUUUCCCACUGGCCCUUCUUUGACGCUUUCCGCAAGUUCCUCACAUUCCUCUAUCGCUACUCCAUCUCCUGCCCUCACGCCCUGCCCAUCGAGAAGCACAUCUCUCACUUUAUGCACAAAGUUCCCUUCCCUUCCUCUCAGAGGCCUCGCAUCCUGGUGCAGCUUUCCCCUCAUGACAGCCUGAUGUUGAGCCAGCCAGUGUCUUCUCCUUUACCUCUCAGCGGUGGUCGAUUUUCCACGCUGCUCCAGAACCUUGGAGCAGAGAACGCCGUCACCUUGCUGGUGUUUGCCGUCACUGAACAUAAGAUCCUGGUCCACUCGCUACGACCCGCCGUACUGACCAGCGUCACUGAGGCUCUGGUGUCUAUGAUCUUCCCGUUCCACUGGCAGUGCCCAUAUAUUCCUCUGUGCCCCCUGACGUUGGCUGACGUGUUGAGCGCCCCCUGUCCUUUCAUCGUAGGAGUGGACUCCCGCUACUUUGAUCUUUAUGACCCCCCACCAGACGUGAGCUGCGUGGAUCUGGACACAAACACCAUCUUCCACAAUGAAGAUAAGCGAGCCCUCACGUGGAAGAUCCUGCCAAAGAAGGCCUGUAAAAACCUAAUGAAUGUGCUGAGCAAUCUCUACCAGCAACUGGUUGACGGUCACCAGCGUCCUGAUGGGCUACUGGAACUGAACAUGAGUGAUUCAUCAGAGCUGAGCUGUGGGAAGAGCCUCCACACACUGGAGCUGGAGAUCCAGGAAGCCUUCCUGCGCUUCAUGGCGGCCAUUUUGAAAGGCUACCGCUCAUUCUUACGACCCAUCACCCAGGCACCCUCUGAGAAAGCUACAGACGCCAGCUCGCUCUUUGACUUGCAAGGGUUCUUGAAGAGCCGUGACCGCUCACAUCAGAAGUUCUACUCGAUGAUGACCAAAACCCAGAUGUUCAUCCGCUUUAUUGAGGAAUGCUCCUUCGUCAGCGACAAAGACGCUAGUCUGGCCUUCUUUGACGACUGUGUGGACAAACUCUACAAUUCAGAGCGGAGUGCAGACAAAUCGGGCAAGGUGGACGGUGACAGGCCGGAGGAGACCCGGCUGAUAGAGAUUGAUGAAUCUCAGCGCAGUGAGCACACAGUCUUUAUCACACCUCCAGAGCUGCCUCCUCUGCCUGAGGGGGAGGAAUAUCCACUCUGCUACAGGUACGAUGGUUUCCCAGUGUUAAGUCUUGACCUGUUUGACCCCAUGGAGGGUCUGCGGACCCCCUCCUCCCGCCUCGCUGCCAAGCACAGCUGUCCCACCAGCCCUGCCCCCAUGUUUAGACGCACCAAGCAGGAGAUCAAAUCAGCCCAGAAGAUAGCCAAGAAGUACUCGUCCAUCCCCCAGCUUUGGUCCAAGUGCCUACUCCGUCACUGCUACGGCUUGUGGUUCAUCUGUCUGCCAGCGUACGUGAAGGUGUGCCACUCCAAGGUGCGGGCGCUUCGCACCGCCUACGACGUCCUCAGAAAGAUGCAGGCAAAGAAAUUGCAGCCCCCUGACGAGGUCUGCUACCGGGUGCUGAUGCAGCUGUGUGGACAGUAUGGCCAACCUGUCCUGGCAGUCAGGGUCCUCUUUGAGAUGAAGAAGGCCGGAGUCCACCCCAAUGCCAUCACUUACGGCUACUACAACAAGGCGGUGUUGGAGAGCACGUGGCCCUCCAGCACCAGAGGAGGAUACUUCCUGUGGAUGAAGCUAAGAAAUGUCGUUUUGGGCGUGGCCCAGUUCAAACAGGCGCUACGACGACACGCUGCCCACACACAGAGUCCUCUGUCAGAUGGCAGCGACCUGGACGCUGUGAGUCACGGCAGCCUGGAUUGCUCUGCCGACACUAACCUGGCCGAGCAGGGCCCCUACGCCACUGACUCUGCCAGAGUAGACCCCACUGACGAUAAAUCUAGCACAGGGGAUCAAUCAGAUUUGGGUUAUAACUCGCUGUCCAAGGAGGAGGUUCGGAGAGGAGACCCUAGUGCUCAGGACAUCGCCCCUGACAAAGAUGACAAGAAGGAAAGCGACUGCAGCUCCUUGUCAGAGACAGAGAGCGCCAAGGGGAGUAAAGACUACCUCCCUCAGCUGGACAUGGACGUUCAUUCCUCCUUCAAACCCUGUGGCAUUGUGCGCAGCAGCUGUCCAUAUGAUGAUUCAUCCUGUAAGCCCAAGAGCUCCGCCAGCGCAGGUCUGCUCUUCAGUUCCUCCCUGAAUGAGAUCGGUGAGGUCCGCACCAACAGUUUGAUCAGGAGACACAAGAGUACUCUGGAGGAGGUGGUGGGAAGCGCCAGCAGCGGCUCGGCUCUUGACUGGCAAGGCGUGAGAGGCCGCCGGCUGAGCGGAGACACAGUUGGCAGCAGCGGCAGUGGCACCACCGUCCUCGGCCUGGGUAUGAGCCAGGGGGAAACCGACCCUGUUAAGAUCGCAGGACACCUGGGUGCAGAUGUCAAAAUUCUCUCCGGUGCCAACUUCAGUAAGAGUAAGAGACCUCGUUCGCUGGUCCUGGGCGGAUUAGAGGGGGCGGCCGCUGCCAGAAGUCGUGAUAACAUGGAGGAGGAAGAGGAGAUGGAGGGACAGGACUCCAGUGAUGAGGACAGAAGUAAUACAGAGGCCAUUUUUGAUUUGGAGGAUCUGGAUUUGGACAAGCCUGCCACAGGGGUUGGCAUCAGCUCCAACAAAUCCAACAAAUCUCAUAAGAAACCUGUCGAACGCAGCGUCAGCUACAGUGGCAUGAGCACUGUGAUGUCCAGAGGAGUGAAGCGCACGGACAUACAGACGGGCUACGACCCUCUAUCCCUGCUGGCAGCAGAGUCACACUCUGAGCAGCAAAAUGAGGAUCAGUACCCAGAGGGGGACGAGACCAGCACGCCGAGCGCCCGUAGGCACCUGGCCAGAGAAAUCGAGCUCUACAUGAACCACAUGGGCAGCCCACUGAGCAGCCGCACACCCAGUCUGGACCUGCAGGACCCCGCCAGCCCCCUCCUCCUUCACCCCUCCUCAGUCUUUGCCCCCCGCAGAGCCAGCCUGCCCCACAGCUCCCCCCUCAGGACUUCUGGAGUGCCGCGCUCGCGCACCUUCCACCCGACCUCUCCCUCCCAGCCCAUCGCACGCCAGCGUCUGUUGUCGACGCCUUCCUGUCGCAGCUCUAGCACAACCCCCAGCGCCAGCCCUCGUCCCAGCCCCUACAGGGAGAGGACAGACAGGAUGAGCCUGGCGUCACCUUCGCCCUCCUCCUCCUCUUUCGCUCUGGACACUCUGAUCACACCGACGCUUGAUGUAUUCAAAACCAGCGUGUUCUCUGCUGGGAAGGGCGUGGCAGAGAAGGCAAGCCGCUGGUAUUCCCGCCUCGCCACGUACACAACACCUACAAAGGACGGGCACAGUGACCGCCUGAGUGUGUCCUCCCUCGGAGUUGGAGAUCCAGACUGCUCCUCCCUGCUGGAUGAGGAGGACUGUGGGGAGUCAGAGGGCUCCAUGAUCUCUCCCCAGAGGAACGGCCCCACGGGGCCCCGCAGGAGCCCCAGACGCAGCCCCCUACGCAGUAGGCUGGACAGUCCCUCUGCAGGUCCAAGCCUUGGCAGACCCACAUCUCUGCUCCCUGGAUGUGUCCUCUCGCCUCCCGGCUUCCCUCUGCCAGACAAGUCGGACCUCGGCUCUUCACGCUACACCAGCAGCACCAGCAUCUUCAACAACUACGCCAUGGAGCUGCUAAUCUCCAGCUGUUCCCGCUGUAAGACGUGCGACUGCCUCGUGUACGACGAGGAGAUCAUGGCUGGCUGGACAGCAGACGACUCCAACCUGAACACCACCUGCCCCUUCUGUGGAAAUCCCUUCCUGCCGUUCCUCAACGUGGAGAUCCGGGACAUGCGAGGACCUGGCAGGCUUUUCCUAAAGGGCAGCCCAUCGGUGGACGAGGCGAUGACCUCGUCGUACUCUGCCUCCACGGGUUUGGACACGGGGACGUCCACCUUGUCCACGCCCUGUCCCACAACAGCUGUCUUCCCUCCCUCCCCUGUGAUUGCUGUCCAGGAGUGCGCGGGGAGUGAAAGGACUCAAUCAACCAGAGCUCAAGGUAUCAACAUCCCCUCAGAACGCCUGCAGGGGGUGCUGUCACCCGGAGCGCCCAUGGCCCGCAGCGUCAGCGCCUUCGGUCCUCUGGACGAAGCACCCAGAGUGAAUUGCUGCGUGCCGACGUCAGGCAGCCUGCCCAGCCGUCUGAAUGAGACCACGGAUCCGCUGAAUAUGGAGUGGCGGCUCCACAACCCCGAGCCGGUGACUGUUCCCUACCUGAGCCCACUGGUGCUGUGGAAGGAGCUGGAGAGUCUGCUGGAGAACGAGGGCGACCCGGUGAUCACGGAGGCCGACAUGGUGGACCAUCAUCCCAUCAUCUACUGGAACCUGGUCUGGUACUUCAGACGGCUGGACCUGCCCAGCAACCUGCCCGGUCUCAUGCUCACCUCUGACCACUGCAACAGAGACUCCCAGGUCCCUCGUCACUGGAUGUCGGAGGACAGUAAACACGUGUUGAUCCAGAUCCUGUGGGACAACCUCAAGCUGCACCAGGACUCAAUCCAGCCUCUCUACAUCCUCUGGAACACUUUCAGGCUUAAUUGUACUCUGUUGUUAGAGAAUGUGGGUUACCCUCUGUCCCGGCCGGUCCCGGAGGAAGAGAAGCCGUUCAGUGAGGAGUUACUGCAGAGUGUGGUGAAGAGCAUCCAGAGGAACGACCUCAGCCGGCCGAUGGCUCAGCUGCUGCAGCUGCUGGCUCACACGCUCGGGGUCAAAAGGCAAAGGAGUUUGUACAGAGACAUCCUCUUCCUCGCCCUGGUUGCUCUGGGAAAGGACAACAUUGAUAUUGACGCCUUCGAUCGCGAGUACAAGUUGGCGUACGACCGCCUUGUGCCGAGCCUGGUGAAGCUGACCCAUAACUGUGACCGUCCUCCCAGCACGGGGGUCAUGGAGUGCCGCAGGACGUUUGGAGAGCCUUACCUGUAAAAACUCUCUCACACACACACACACACACACACACACACACACACACACACACACACACACACACACACAUACAUACACACACACACACACACACACACACACACACACACACACCAGGAUGAACUCUCCCCACCCCACAUCAUCGCUUUAAGACGAGCUCAGGAAACCUGUUGGAAGACAGUGAAUGUUUUUGAGAAAACUGUGCAGGUGAUCAUAAAGGUUCAGUGUUAUGUAGCCGCUAACAAAAAACUAAGUUUUACAGACUUCAUCUGAAGUGACUGAAGAAGGGAACGCCACUCACACUGUUCAUAAACAACUUCAUGCAGUUUCUUCCUGUGAAAAUGAUACUGUAAAUACACAGCAGUAGAGGAUUUUUUUUUAAAUUGCAACAUUUAUAUUGUAUAGUCAUAAAGCAUAUGAAGACUAAUAUUAGCAAUAUUUUAACUUGAACUCUAUUUAUACAAAGUAAGCUUUAUUUAUUGUAAUGUCUUCUUUUUGUCGGGCAUUCAGUGUUUUAUCGUUGUCGCUGGGCGUUUGUUGUCUUGCUGUUUAAACCAGAGCGAGCUGAAAACCAUGUUGCAGUAUGCAUUUAGUGUCUGCUGUAAAUGAUCACUAGGCUUUGUGUGCUUUAUGGUCGGGCAUCAAAAAAACAAAAGGUUAAAAUUAGAGCUGCAAUGAUCAGUAAAUCCACAGAAACUUAAUUAAAGGUUUUGGACUGUUGGUCGGUCAAAUUUAAGACAUCGCAGUGGGCUCUGGAGAAUUCUGAGCAGCAUUAAUUCCCAAAUGUUAAACAUUUGAAAGGAAACAAAACAAUGAAAUGCUUGAUUUAUGAAUUGACAAAAUAAUCAGCAGAUUAACCAAGUGUUGUUAGUUGCAGCCCUAAUUUAAAUGUUUAAAACCACUUUUUAAAACUGCCUUUAAAGUUAGUCCAGAUUAAUGUCCGCUGUGCUCUAAUCGAGUACAAUAGUGCUCUACGUUUUAUUUCAUUUCAAUGUAAGGUUUUCCUAAACAGUAUAUUUUUAGUUUGUUUACAAAACAGGUUUUUGAACUUUGAAAAAAAAUAUAAAUGAUAAAAUGUUGAUCAAAUAUUUAGUUAACUUCACUUGUGGAGCACUGCGCCGUAACGAAGGAAAUAUCAGUAUUACUGUCCAUCGACUUCUCACUAAACUGUCGGGAUCAAGGUGAGAGGAGAAUUUAAUGUUGGGAUAGAGAUCACUACAGUAUGAGCAGCUUGUCCUCAAUAUACAGACGCUGCUCUGAUGAAAACACAAAAUCAAAUAAGAUGUCACAGUCACUUUUCUGUCCGUGGAAACACUUUCGGGUGUUUUAACACAUUUUGACCGCCAUAUUCAAGGAUUACAGCUCUUCACAAAAGCAUUUCUUCUAAAUUCUGGUAUAUUGCAACUUGAAUCUUAUUUUUGUAGUUGUAUCCUUCAUUUCAAUUACUGUAACAUUGUUCACAACGAAGUCCGACGGGACAAGAAACAAGUUUAAUCCAGAUUAUAUAAACCACUUUAUUUGGGGGUAAAACGGAAGUCACACCUGAUUUGUUGGUAAUAUCGCAGAAGAAGUUUACCCAGACUGUUACUAAUUAUUUAGAUUUACAUAACCAGCCUGUGAAUGUUUAUUUAUGUCAUGCGUGUAUGUAUCAUAAAUCUCUUUCUGCUCCACAUCAACUGAAGGGGACAAACUCUGCAGCCAUAGUUUUUAUGAGUGUUGCACCUGAAGGGGUCGUCUGUGAUUUUAUGAUUGUCAUUGGUUUGUCAAAUAUCUGUGGAUACACAUUUGGAAGUUGAGCAGCACAGCUUUGGGAGAAUGUUUUAAUUUCCCCGCACUGUAACAUCCAGUCAUCUUUGUUUCAUGCACCAGCUUUAUCUCGGCCGUUUCAAUUUAAAACCAAAAAGCAAUUCUCAUUUCAUUGCACACAGGAACUACUAAUGAUACAGUAACAGAAGGUAGGACCAGGAGAUUGUUUUUUUUCUACUCACCGUUUGCUUUUUCAGCACAUAAAUGUUUGCUCGAGCCACAAUGAGAAGAAUGUCUAGACAUGAUCAAAACACGAUGCUGUUACCAUGCAGAUAAUCCUCCACUCUUAAGCAUCACUAAUGCACAAAUGGAACUAAAUAAAAAAAGUAAUCAGUGUCCAGACUUUCCCCCCAAACUGUUGCAAUGCAGAGUCACUGAAAUCUAGAAACGCGUUCAUAUUCUGUGUUGACAUGUCCUCAGGAGGGACAUCUGUGUAUAGUGAUGUAUAAGUGAUUUUAUUGCACAAGUGUUUAAUCAGGACUUUAAUAUUGAAAAUGCAAAACAAAAGCACGGAUCUGUAAAUGUUUACAUGCUGAGGUUUGCAAAUGUGUUGAAAGAUCUUUCUUUGUACACAUUUGCACGUGUCUACUUCUACAUUUUUAAAGCUAAAGUUCUGAUUUUUAUUGCCAUUAAAAUAAUUGAAGUGAAACAGAUAGUCUCGGGUUGUUAAAGUUUUGAAGAUAUUCUGUUGGAGAAAUAAUACCAAAUAGAUUCUGGAUAGAACUGGAUUCAAGCAGAAGAAGAACCACACAUUUCUUAUUGUUUUCAUGUGUAUGAGGAUCAAAAGUGAUGACUGUGAUGAUGGUUGAAGGAGGACCUUCGAGUUUAACCUCAUGAAGGUCUCAUGAAUGUCAACCAUGUGUGUGAUUUGUGGAAACCAAAACUGGAAUAAAGUCAGGAAGUGGCGCUGAAGUGAAGCAGGAGAGGACACGUCGACUACGAUGUCAGCAGCUGGGAAGAAAAAGCUGCCAUUCAUCUGUGGAUUUUUGUUGUGUUGAACAUUUGUACAAAAUGAAUGAUUUUGCAGAAUCUGGGCCCAUGUACAUUUUAACUCGCCCUUUGUAGAAAUCACAUUUUAUAACAUGUGGUGAAGGUUCUGUACAGCAACCCGAUCUACAGGACUGUUUAACUGUAAAUAAAAUCACAUAC